UAAAAUCCGUCAGUUCGUCUGCUAGAACACGUUGCUUUUAUCGUGGAGGUUUUGGCAACUGGGUGCCAAAAAAUCGAAAUUGAAACUGAAAUUUAUCGUGGAGAUUAAGACUUUCCAUUAUUGUAGUGUUAACUGGUUGGGUUUUAAUCGAAUUGUUACCGAGAAUGCCCGAGCUUGAAGGUUUCGGAGAUGGAGGGUACCAAUCAGAAGCUGAGCUUGACACACGAACUCUGGUGCAAGAACAAAAUCGAAAAAAGAAAAAAUCUGGUGGUUUCCAGUCUAUGGGACUUAGUUACAAUGUUUACCGUGGAGUAAUAAAAUGUGGGUACAAAAUACCAACACCAAUUCAGAGAAAGUGUAUCCCAUUGAUUAUGGAGAAAAAAGAUGUGGUUGCAAUGGCAAGAACUGGCAGUGGCAAGACUGCCUGUUUCUUGAUUCCUUUAUUUGAAAGGCUUCAAGCACACUCAACCAUAGGGACUCGGGCACUUAUUAUGUCUCCAACCCGAGAGUUAGCAUUGCAAACCCUAAAGUUCACACGAGAACUUGGCAAAUACACUGGAUUGAAAGCAGCCACUAUACUUGGAGGAGAUUCUAUGGAAGCCCAAUUUGCUGCAAUGCAUGAAAUACCAGAUAUCAUUAUUGCCACUCCUGGACGUUUUGCUCAUCUCUGUGUUGAAAUGGAACUAAAACUAAAGGAAAUAGAAUAUGUAGUUUUUGAUGAAGCUGACAGACUUUUUGAGAUGGGUUUUGGAGAGCAGUUGCUAGAGAUCUUGAACAGGCUUCCUGAAUCAAGACAGACUCUUCUUUUCUCAGCUACCCUCCCAAAACUGCUUGUUGAUUUCACAAAAGCUGGACUUACUGAUCCAGUAUUGGUCAGAUUGGACGUCGAUUCUAAGUUACCCGAGGCUUUAAAAUUGGCUUUCGUAUUCUGUCCUUGUGAAUCGAAAGCAUCCAUUCUUCUUCACUUACUACGAAAUGCAAUUAAAGCAGGUGAAUUGACGCUUGUGUUUGCCGCGACUAUGCAUCACGUUGAAUACUUGCACCUCUUACUUGACAAAGCGGGAAUCUCCAAUACAUACAUUUAUUCUAGUUUGGACCAAGCAGCCCGUAAAAUUCAUGCUGCCAAAUUUCAAACAAAGCAAACAAAUGUCAUGAUUACCACCGACGUUGCUGCACGUGGUAUUGAUAUUCCGCUGUUGGACAAUGUGAUCAACUACAAUUUCCCAGCCAAAGCCAAAUUAUUUGUCCACAGAGUCGGACGUGUUGCACGUGCCGGACGCUCUGGUACGGCUUAUUCACUAGUCGCCCUUGAUGAAAUACCUGCUUUAGUGGACUUGCACCUCUUCUUGGGAAGACCGGUAAAGCAGAUUCCUCAAGAUGGACUAAAAAAGGGCGAGGACUGGGACGGCUAUCUUGGUCGUGUUGGCCAAAGCGUUAUAGACGAUGGAAGUAGUGCGAUGCAGCUGUGGCACCAAGAGUCAGUAGAGCUUCAAAAUAUGAUCAAGGUCUACACGUCAGCUUACAAACAGUACAAACGUUCUUGCCCACCUCCCUCUCAUGAAUCCAUCAAAAAGGGAAAAGAGAUCAAGCUUGAACUCCUAGGCCCUCACCCUGUGUUCGUAGCUGAAAGUGGUGAGCUCGAAAGUGAUCGGCUCAAUUUGCUAGAGCAAAUGAAGUGCUACCGUCCUCAUCACACUAUUUUUGAAAUUGGCGUGACGGCCAACUCCAUCAAGGCGAAAGUGAUGUUAGAGAAACGCAUAAAGCAUCAGCGAAUCAUCAUUAAACAAAAAAAAGCUGCAAUAAAAUCCGCGGCUGAAGCUGCAUCUUCGGACGAACCUGAAAACGUUGGCGUUCCACAAGAGGAAGCCGACGAAGAAAUGGUCCAAGAAGCGUUCAGCACCGUUAUUGCCCAAAAGAAACGGGCCAGCCGGAAACCAUUUGAUCCCAACCAAGCAAAAAAGAAGCGCCUUCAGACUCAAACAACCAAGGACGAAGAAAACUACAUCAACUACGUAGCAAAGGAUCACCAAACAGAAUCUGGAUUGGCACUGGGGUGUGAUUUCGGACGUGCUGCCGCAGACGCGGUCUUGGAUUUGACUGGUGACGACGACCAGGAACUGCGAAAACAAAGAAGUCUUAUGAAAUGGGAUCGAAAGAAGAAGAAGUUUAUCGGACAGGAGGAUGUCAAGAAACGCAAGAUCCGUACUGAAUCGGGUGUUUGGAUCCCAGCCACAUACAAGACUGACCGCUAUGAAAGAUGGAAGGGCAAAUCUAAAAUUGACCAAAACGACCCAGCAAGUGAAGAUUCCGGCGAUGACGAAAAGGGUGGCAAUCGUAAUGUGUCGUCGCGAUUCGGUGGAGGUUUUCCGAGACGUGGCGUUCCUAUGGGAAUGAAUCUAGAAGGCAAAUUAGGUGGCCUACCAAUGAACCAUCCAGCGAUGAAGAAGGCUUGGUCUGAGGUUAAGCGAGGUGGACAGAGAGUGGGUGAUGAGGUGAAGCUUCCUGAGCAAAUUGAAAAGGCUCGCAAACUAAAGGAGAAGGCCCGUCUCCGCGGAAACAAAGAAAUACGGAUUAAACUCCAAAUGAAGCAAAAGAAGCCUACUCUUAAGACCAAACAAAAGAAGGGCGGUAAGAGAAGGAGGUAAGCCAGGCAAAUCCAUUUUUAAAAAAGGAACUAGUUGCGUACUAUAUCACCGACCAGACGCAGCGCCUUUUUUCUUUUUUUUCUUGUUCUCCAUUUACCGUUACAUAUGGCACCAGCUCGAGAAAAUCCAUUAAUACAAGAUUGUGUUCUCGCGUC